UGUGUCGGCUAUGCUCCUUCGAAGAACCGGCGCUGCCAGAACGCGAUCGCUGUUGCCAAUCGUCAUGAAGUGCAGAAACGGAUACGAGCGCUGCCGAAGCACUUUGGCAACUCCGUCGGUCUCCGCCACGAGCUGUCGGUCAUUGCGUCAAAGGCGCUGUGCAAGCACGAUCAUCAAGAACAGACCGGCGAUAUGGCUGAGCAGUGGUCC